AUGCCUGAAUCGGUCGCUGAAGCACUCCAUCUACCUAUUGAAGAGGUAUCCCUUGGUCUGGGACCUACGGGGUUUGCUAGAAAGUUCUUGGAAGAAAAGGCGUGGGCCUUGGAGAAAGAGGGGAAAUGGCUUCCUUUCAGUGCCAUCCUUGCUCUACUGAUUUAUGGAGUCGUCCUGUUCCCAAAUGACGACGACUACAUAAACCACUCCAUCAUCAGUGUGUUCGUGUCUAGGAAUCCUGUCCCUGCAUUGGUGUUUGAUGUGUACUACUGCUUGCACACUAGGCAUGAGAAGAGAAAGGGUGUCGUGUUGAGUUGUGCUUCAUUGUUGUAUACUUGGCUUAUAUCUCAUAUGCCUCAAAAGGGGCCUUGGGUGGACUUCCUAAAAGAUUUGAGGUGGUUCUGGAAGUUUUAUUCUCUCGCCGCCGAAGCUUUGGUGUGGUACCUUCCCGCCUCCAACGUAGAGCGAGUGAUCAUGAGCUGUGGAGACUUCCCGAACGUGCCACUCAUGGGUCCACGAGGUUGCAUCAAUUACAACCUUUCAUUGGCCCUGAGGCAAUUGGGGUACCCGAUGGAGAAUGAACCAAGAGUUGAACUAUUUAAGGACUUCAUCUUGCCUGAUGCGGGAACAGAGAACCCAACUCUGUUGCAGAGGGUUAAGAGAGCUUGGAACCAGAUUCAUCGCAAAGGCAAAGAGGUAGGCAAGCGUGAGUUCCGAGCUAAAGAGCCGUACUACCAAAUGGUGGUGCAAAGGGCUAAGGAAGUCAAGAUGCUAUACAAUGUGGAUGUACCGAUUCCUCCUCCAGAACCAGAACCAGUACAUGCUUCUAAGGAAGAAGUGGAUGCAUUGAAAGCAACUAUCGUACAGUUGACCAAAGAAAAUGAGGACUUGCGAUCGAAGCUCCAUGCGUUGGAUAGAGACCAUGCUAGGUUGAAAAGGAAGAGUGAGGAGGACUUUGAGCUUUUGUCAGAAAGCAGAAAGAAGGCUAAAAUUGAGGAAGAUCUCAAAGAUAAGUACCAAGAGGGUUUGGCUCAAGCGGAUAUGGUAUUGAGUUCUCUCCAUAAACAGCUGAAAUAG